UUAUAGAGAAAUUUGGCCAUCGAGCUAUUGAUGAAUAAUAGGCUGGCAAAUAUUUGGUCUUGUGUUAACUAGGCCCACCUUCUGACAUAACUGAGUGCCAAUAAAUUGCAAAGGGAAGUCGUAAACUGCUGUGCAAACUUGCGAAUCGAAAUCGAAUAUAAAAGGUCGCAUCCAGGGGGAAAAGAUUAUCAUUCGCCACUUGCGAAUCUCCAGCAAGAUGAGGAAGACAACGGCGAUCCUGAGCUGUGUGCUCGUGGCCCUCUGCGUAGCAAGUCUGCCUCUUGGGGCGGCCGUCACCUGUGAGGCCGAUCCCACGGAUGCGGCCUGCAUCGACUGCACCGUCGACACAACCAACGCCGAGUGCGUGGCAACCACCACGGUAGCGGCUGAAGUCACGACAGUGGCCGCCGAAGAGACUACGGCAGCCGCCGGCGCUGGCGCUGAGACAACCGCUGCCUCUGCCACCGCUGACACGACAACGGUUGCAUCUACAACCUCCACAAGCACCAACAAAAAAAAGAAGACGGUCGUCAAGUACAGGCGGAGAAUCAAGCGGGGCAAGCAGAGGCGGAGGCGCAACCGAAAAACAAGGCGCAGGAGGAGAACCACAACCGGCUAAAUUACCUCAGAACGGAAUCACGUACACCGCCAACGACAUGGGACAUGCAGAAAACAAACAUCCUCUUAAAUUAAGACUAAAUUGCGCAAUUCUUAAAUAAACUUUGGAAAACCCAAGUGAAAACAA